AUGAUUGAGAGAGAGAAUCUGGCUUUUAAAACUGGCUUCUUGGUAUCUGCAGAAGCCAGCUUCUGGAUUUCACAAUUGAAGAAGUUGCUGGAGAUGUGCGUUAACAAAAACGAAAGAAAGAAAAGAACGAAUGAGAAGAAAGUAGACUACAUACCUGAAGGCACUGAGUCUAAAGAGAUUACCAAAGUUAUGUAUGACUUAGGAAAAGAAAUAACAAAACAGACGGAAGUAGAGAAACAAGCUACACUUAUGUGUGAUUUGGGUAAAGAAUAUGCAGAUUUAGCAAAAGAAACCGGAGAGGGUUGGCAUUUCAUCUAUGCAACAGCUCUGUACAAUGCCGCCUUACAACGAUUCAAAAAGAUUAACGCAGAAAACGAGGUAAUCUUAGCUGAUCGUUUGGAUAAUAUACAGAAACAACUGCAACAAUUAGAAACGGGCCUCCUUAAGACAGCAUCUAAAGUCAACAAGGAACCCCUCAGCAAGAGCAUGGAACGGUACAAAGGUGUUUUAGAAGGCAUUCGAACACAUUCAAAAGAGGCGAUAUAUGAUAUCCACACGAAAGACAUGUUAAUAGACCCUGUGACGUUCGAGAUGAAUGAAGAAUGCCAAAGAAGAACGAUCGAAAGUAGUAAAUGUUACUAUGACACUCUGACAAGGAAGAUCAUAGAAUUACACAAGCUAAUGAUAGAUGACUGUAUUUCAGUUCUAGGUCGUCGAAACUGUAGGUUUGCAAUAAUAGGCUUAGGAUCGUUGGCUCGUAAAGAGGUAACCGCAUGGUCUGACCUCGAAUCAGCAAUUUUGUAUGACCCAACUGGUAAGUCAAAUGAGGAAAUUGAAAAAUUAAAACUCGAUUUUAGAAUCCUUGUUCAUUAUUUACACCUGAAGGUUAUUAAUCUCGGUGAAACAAAAAUCAAUGCCCUGGAUAUUCCCGUUCUUUGCGAUUUCAAUUGUAAACUUCCGAAUGGUGUCAAAGAUAAUGAUUUUCAUGAUGAAAUAACCCCACAGGGUCUUUGUUUCGAUGGUGCCUUGCCAAAAGCUAGUAAAAUACCCUUUGGUAGACGAUCUACAAAGCACCCUACAAAACAAGACACUUUAGAGUUGAUAAUGACCCUUGAUGAAAUGUCUGAAUGUCAGUUUGAAGAAGUCUCUAUCAAGGAAGGUUAUCAUCUUAGCGAUGUACUUUUAACAUCUACUCUGAUCACUGGGGAUGAAUCAUUGUGGAAUGAGUACAAUGAAAAGGUCCACGAAAUACUUUCCUCUUGUUCAACUAUUGACAUAGAACUGUCUGUGGGUAAACAAAGGGGUAUAGAAACGAUAAAGGAAGAUUUAAAGGCUUACCUCACCAAACCUCUUACACCAAAGUCAUUCAAUAAAAAGAUGCGUACAAAACAUAAUAUUUACCGAUUUGCAACCAUAUCGAUAAAUAUCCUUAAGUUAUUGCAUCAUUGUAGAUCAUUUUCUCCCCUUGAUAUUCUAGAUGAGUUACAUUUAAAGCAAGUACUCUCAGAGAGCGCUAAAAUAGAUUUACAACUCAUGGUAUGCAUGGCCAUCAAUAUGCGUCAUUUAGUAUAUGGUAGAUGUGGUCAACAACGAGAAAUGGCAUCUUUUGUAACCAGACCAUCUCGAGAUGAAUUAUUUGCCGCCUAUGAUCAUGUAUCAGUUAGGGAUUACUCACCCGCUAUUUUUCGGUUUUAUGCCACACUCAUUCCGUGGACAGAUUUUUUGUUGUAUAACUACUGUUUUAAUGAUAUUUCCACUUGUAAGCACCUAUCCCACUAUAUCGACUUGAAUCCUCAAACAACUGCCGACAUACAAAAAGAAAUGUAUAUGCCUCAAGGUGUGAUAAAUUCCCUCGAAAGCCCGAAAUCAAACCUAAUACCAAAUAAUAUGGAGAGUCAAAAACAAUGUUUUCCACAUUUGUCACGGGAUAAUAUUAAUGAAUCGACCAAUGAACGUUUACAACACGAAAAAGAGACAUCUGCAAAGAAUUCAGAUACUUCUGCAAGGUUAGACUCACUUGGUGACGCGUAUGCCAGUAAAGGUGAGUUUGAUAAAGCGAUUCAAUAUCACAAUGAGAGUCUUGCAAUGCAGAGAACAAUACAUGGUAAUCAUCCUCAUCCUAACAUAGCAUCUACAUUGGGGAAUCUUGGUAACACAUAUCACAGGAAAGGUGAGUUUGAUAAAGCGAUUCAUUAUCACAAAGAGAGUCUUGCAAUGAAGAUAACAAUACACGGUAAUCAUCCUCAUCCUAAUAUUGCAUCUUCAUUGGGGAAUCUUGGUAGCGCAUACUUCAGAAAAGGUGAGUUUAAUAAAGCGAUUCAAUAUCACAAUGAGAGCCUUGCCAUGGAAAGAACAAUACAUGGUAAUCAUCCUCAUCCUAACAUAGCAUCUUCAUUAGGGAGUCUUGGUAACACAUAUCACAGUAAAGGUGAGUUUGAUAAAGCGAUUCAAUAUCACAAUGAGAGUCUUGCCAUGGAGAGAACAAUACAUGGUGAUCAUCCUCAUCCUGACAUAGCAUCUACAUUGGGGAAUCUUGGCAUCGCAUAUAACAGUAAAGGUGAGUUUAAUAAAGCGAUUCAAUAUCACAAAGAGAGUCUUGCGAUGGAGAGAACAAUACACGGUAAUCAUCCUCAUCCUGGUAUAGCAUCUUCAUUGGGGAAUCUUGGUAACACAUACGACAGUAAAGGUGAGUUUGAUAAAGCGAUUCAAUAUCACAAUGAGAGUCUUGCCAUGAUAAGAACAAUACAUGGUAAUCAUCCUCAUCCUGACAUAGCAUCUACAUUGGGGAAUCUUGGUAACGCAUACGACAGUAAAGGUGAGUUUGAUAAAGCGAUUCAAUAUCACAAAGAGAGUCUUGCAAUGGAGAGAACAAUACAUGGUGAUCAUCCUCAUCCUGGCAUAGCAUCUUCAUUGGGGAAUCUUGGUAACGCAUACUUCAGUAAAGGUGAGUUUAAUAAAGCGAUUCAAUAUUACAAUGAGAGUCUUGCAAUGGAGAGAACAAUACAUGGUAAUCAUCCUCAUCCUAAUAUAGCAUCUGCAUUGGGGAAUCUUGGCAUCGCAUAUGACAGGAAAGGUGAGUUUGAUAAAGCGAUUCAAUAUCACAAUGAGAGUCUUGCCAUGAUAAUAACAAUACAUGGUAAUCAUCCUCAUCCUGACAUAGCAUCUAAUUUGAUGAAUCUUGGUAGAACAUACUGUAAAAAGGGCGAUCACACUCAAGGUCUGCAAUAUUAUACACGAUCCCUCAUCAUCCUGAAACAGAUUCAUUGUGAUCAACCUCACCCGGAUAUAGCAAGUCUAUUAAGUAACAUUGGUGUUGUAUGUAGUGAUACAGGGGACAAUGAGAAAGCUUUACAGUACUAUACAGAUAGUCUCACUAUGAAGAGACAGAUUUUUGGUAAUCAACCCCACCCCAGCAUAGCUGCCUCGUUACACAACAUAGGUACAUUCUAUGUUGAUAAACACAAGUACGCUGAUGCACUGAAGAAUUUCUAUGAAGCGCGUGAUAUGUAUAGGAAAAUACAUGGUAAUAAUCCUCACCCUGAUUUCAAGGUAACACUUAGUGCUAUUAACGCAACAGAACAAUUGCUAACGAGAUGCAUAUCCAUUAUGUUCUCGUCCAUGCACACGUAGACAUUGAGAUCCAUCUAAUUAAAUGAUGUUCCAGCAAAUACUAUUUGGAUAUUUAGACAUAUUUGGAUAUUUUUAAAGCACCAUCAUGUACAACGCUCAAAUGUGAACAGAUGAAUGAAUUAAACCGGAGCUUAUUUGUAGGAUUUAUUUAUUCUCGAGCUGUUGAUUUAACAAUAUCGAUUUUGCUUUGAUCAAGAACUGUCCGAGAGAACUUAACAUUUGAUCUUUAGUUGUUUCGAAAUGUAAGUUGUUUCAAAACUGGACCUUGUGUGCAACAUGAUUUCCUUUUGAAAGCGAUGACUAAAAACGUUUGUCUCAGGACUUAUCUUUGAGAGGAGUUUAUCUUCGGGAGAACUUUAAUUAUCUUCAGGAGGACUUUAGUCCUAUUGUCGCACUGUAAAAAAUAUUCAGGGGUAAAAUAAUUUGAGCAUGUCUACUAUUCCUUAGCAUACGUCUACAAUGAAAACUUUAUACCCGAACACCUUUCUUAUCUUUAGUCCUGUACUGAUAUACAAACCUUCAGGUGUAAAAUAAUUUGAGCAUGUCUACUAUUCCUUAGCAUACGUAUUCAGUGAAACCUUUAUACCCGAAAACCUUUCUUAUCGUUAGUCCUGCACUGGUAUACAAACCUUAAGGUGUAAAAUAAUUUAAGUAUGUCUACUAUUCCUUAGCAUACGUAUUCAGUGAAACUUUCAUAUCCGAACACCUUUCUUAUCUUUAGUCCUGCACUGGUAUACAAACCUUCAGGUGUAAAAUAAUCUUAAUAUGUCUGCUAUUCCUAAGCAUACGAAUACAUGUACCUGUAUACGCUAAAUGGUGUAUUUUGUAAUGACGAUUUUGAAAGCUCGACUGCUAGAGACAUUGAAGAUUUAUAUUAGGGCUGCCAAACAUUUAGAGGGCAGAGUUGUUUGGUAUAUUAUAUUUUACAAGGUGUCAAAUAAACAUGUUCCCCUUAAUUGCAAAAGUAUGAACUUCUGUGCAUAAAAGUUCAUCUAGUUGAGCUAGUCAUAUGACACUUUUUGAAGAGAUGCUCCAUGAAGCCUAGUUUUAAUGUAUUAAAGAACAAUUCAGAUAUCAUGCAAAUAUGAAAGUUAUGCAACAUUAUGUGGAUGUUAAAGUUAAGGAGGGAGAACAUAUUUUAUUUG